CAAACGCUCGAUCGAUGGCACGUGCUCGUAUAAUUUUAUUUUAUUUUUCAGUCCGUCGACUGUAGAUGGUCGAAGAAAACCGAGCCAAAAUUACAGAUUAUCGUUAAAGAAUCGAGAUCCACCGUCCACCCAAAAGAGGAAAAGGAAGAAGGGGAGUGAUAUUUCUCGCAACGUCCUAAAGAUCUGGGUGUUCGGUUGACUUCUUGGCUCUGGUUAGCUGCUGUUCAGGCGACUCCAAUUCAUCCAAUUUGGCAUCUUUCUUCCUCAAAUCCCAGUUCUUCCCAACACCCGCCUCUGAGGAUUCUGUCCUUGUCGCACCCACCACAAGAUAAUGGCUUCUUCCGCCGCAGCGUUUUGCGUUUCCUCGCCAUCUUCUCUUGCGCUCGCUCACUGGAAGACCCGUAAAGCUCUUUGCUUUGUGAAACAAGCCGUGUCAAUUAAGGCCCUUUCGGCUUCUGUGGAUUAUUCCGCCGUCUCGGUUGCUGAUAAGCCCUCGAGCUCAUCAAGGUCCAACAAUUGGCUAUGGAAGUUCAAGGACAAUGAUAUCAACAUCCACUACGAAAAGCAUGAAAGUGAAAGCUUUGAUGAUUCUAAAGAUAUUCUCAUGGUGCCAACAGUAUCUGAUGUGAGUACUGUAGAGGAGUGGAGGCUAGUGGCCAAAGAUAUAGUCGAACGAGUUGGUAAAGUUAAUUGGCACGCUACUAUCGUGGAUUGGCCCGGUCUGGGCUACUCUGAUCGGUUAAAGAUGGAUUAUGAUGCGGAUGUCAUGGAGAAAUUCCUGGUUGAUUUUAUAAAUGCGCCUGAUGGCCCUCUAAGUCACUCAGGAAAUGAUUUGGUGGUUUUUGGAGGAGGGCAUGCCGCCACAAUCAUAGCUCGUGCUGUGAAAAAGGGUUUGGUGAAGCCAAGAGCCAUUGCUGCUGUUGCUCCGACAUGGGCUGGUCCUCUCCCUAUAGUGUUUGGCCGAGACUCCAACAUGGAAACAAGGUACGGAUUGCUUAGAGGCACUCUAAGGGCCCCUGCUUUGGGGUGGAUGAUGUACAAAGUACUGGUCAGCAACGAGAAGGCAAUCCAAUCCCAGUACAAAUCUCAUGUAUACGCAAACCCCGACAACGUGACACCAGAAAUUGUCGAGAGCAGGUAUGGGCUAACUAAACGACCAGGUGCCCAAUAUGUGCCUGCCGCUUUCUUGACGGGUCUACUUGACCCUGUGAAAUCGCGAGAGGAGUUUCUUGAGCUAUUUGCCAGUUUGGAGGGAAAGACGCCAGUCCUAGUCAUGUCAACCGAAGGCUCUCCUAGGAGGUCAAAAGCAGAGAUGGAAGCCCUUCGAGGAGCCAAAGGGGUUACCAAAUUCGUGGGGGUUCCAGGUGCGCUCUUGCCACAGGAAGAGUACCCAUCUGCCGUUGCGGAGGAGCUGUACCGCUUUUUGCUGGAGAAUUUUGAAUCUUGAAAGCUUCUCAACUUGAUAUCGAUGGUUGUAGUGUUAGUAUCUCAAUAUGUUACAGCGAUUAGUUCAGACUCUUUGCCUCUGCGAUCUCAUGAUGCACAUUAACAUUUACCGGAAGUUACGGCAUGAUUUUACGUCAAUAGAUUUAUACUGCAAAAACUUGUCCAAGGAAA